CUCAGGUUCUCCAGGCCUCUAAAGCUUUGUAAGCAGGAGUAAUAACAGGUUAGUGGCAGGAAAAGCCAGCAUAUUGGAGGUCUUCUUCAAAAUACAAAAAAAUUUCUAUACAGAUAUAACGAAUUGUUGAAUAAUUAGCGUCAUUUAUCUGGCCGGAGAUCUCUAAACAUGAUUCGCUUUAUUCUGAUUCAGAACCGAGCAGGAAAAACCAGACUGGCCAAAUGGUACAUGCAGUUUGAUGACGAUGAGAAGCAGAAGCUCAUCGAGGAGGUUCAUGCUGUAGUCACUGUCCGAGAUGCCAAACACACUAACUUUGUAGAGUUCAGGAACUUCAAGAUUAUCUACAGACGCUAUGCCGGUCUGUACUUCUGCAUCUGUGUGGACGUUACUGACAAUAACCUGGCUUAUCUGGAGGGCAUUCAUAACUUUGUGGAGGUCUUAAAUGAGUAUUUCCACAAUGUCUGCGAAUUAGAUUUGGUCUUCAAUUUCUACAAGGUGUACACAGUGGUAGACGAAAUGUUCCUGGCUGGAGAGAUUCGAGAAACGAGCCAGACGAAGGUCCUAAAGCAGCUGCUCAUGCUGCAGUCACUGGAGUAGAGAUGUCACUGAACUGCAGCCAUACACCACCACCGCAGCAGGAUCCUCUUGAACCCGCUGAAAGCCAGUCUGUUUUAUUUCUGUGUAUAGAUGUUGUCAAUUAUGAAUAUAUAUAUAUAUAUAUAUAUAUAAACCCCCAACAUUUCAGCCUCUUAAAGCUGUGCUACGUAAGAUUUUAAGAGGUUGAGUGUGUAACAGCUUUAUAAUGCUGAGAGAGAUGACUGAAUGAAAAAUCAGUUAUAAAAGCGUGCACCUGAUUUCUUCAACUGCCUUUUCAGACGUUCAGGUGUAGCCCUUUUUUUUUUUCAUUUAAGACCAAAUUCAGUGAUCCCUAUCAACUGACUACAGGAGUAUAAAUGUUGUAGAUGCCUCAUAACACAGUGUAACUGCAGUUAAAACUGCACUGCCUAUUUUGUUCCAUUGCUAUUUUUUGGUGCAUUCAGUUUAUUAUCCAAUGAAUUUCAAGAUUGAACAUGCAGUUUUGUGAGGCCUCGGUAGUCGGUAUUGUCUUUGAUAGUGACUCUAUGCCUAUUAAACCAUUAACACUAUACUGCUUAAUAACCAGCCUGAGUCAUAAAACCUACAAUGGAACUGGAAUUUCUGAGAAAAUACGUGAAACCUCUAUACAAUCAUACGUGUUAAAAGGAAAGAAAAAAAAUCCCUUGCAGAUUAACACCAUUAGUUCUGGGAAUUUUUUUAUCGUGUGUAUCCAUGUGUUUUAGCUUAGUCAUACAGUCUGAAUCUAACAGCUUCAUUCCAGAAGGUAAACCGCUCCCUAACCUUGCUUAGUUACCAGUACCAACAUGCACACCGUCGAACCCAAACUGUUCAGCGUUAGCCCACUGGCUAUAUGAGCAUCUAAGACACCUUGAAGAAGUUGAGCUAUUAGCAGUAAUUGUGGCAUGUUGGCUGAGUGAACAAAGGCAGACAGUGAUGGGGAGGUUUUUUUAGCCAGCAAGGCUGAACAGAUCUCGCAGCACUCACAGGGAAAAUACACAACAAAAGACUGCAUCUACUUUUUAUCUCCAAAUUCUGUGGCUCUGCUCCCAACUAGUGCUUCCAUAGCAACAGCUCUGGCCAGCCUUGAGCCACAUUGGACUGGUUUUCUGGAUUCUGGUUAAGCUUAGACCUGGACAUUUACAUGCAAGAAAUGAUCAUUCCUUAGUCCAUUUAGCUUUUCUUAUGGCUUGAUCAGAAUCUGUGAUUCUCCUCCAUUAAAUGUUUAAAGUUUUUAAUCUGUCUUAAUUUUUGUCUUUUCAGUGUCAUUUUCAUUGUUUUUGAUUUCAUCUGAAAUAUAUUGUGCACUUGUCUGUGAGAUUGAGGAGUGAAGGUAUGUAUCAGAUCAAUAUGUACUCAAUAAAAGGAACAAGAAAUAAAAGUA